AUGCGUGGGAUGAUGGGAACUCAAAGUAGUCCUGUCAAGAGCUACGAUUACCUCUUGAAGUUCCUACUAGUGGGAGACAGUGAUGUUGGCAAAGGUGAAAUCUUGGACAGCUUGAAAGAUGGAUCAGUAGAGUCGCCUUAUGCCUACAGCAGUGGAAUAGAUUACAAAACUACCACAAUCCUGCUCGAUGGAAGGAGAGUAAAAUUAGAGCUUUGGGAUACAUCUGGACAGGGAAGAUUCUGCACCAUUUUUAGGUCUUACUCUCGUGGGGCACAGGGAAUUCUGCUUGUGUAUGACAUCACAAACGGUUGGUCUUUUGAUGGCAUUGACCGAUGGAUUAGAGAAAUUGAUGAACAUGCCCCUGGUGUGCCAAGGAUUCUUGUAGGGAACCGCCUUCACCUGGCUUUCAAGCGCCAGGUUCCAACAGAACAGGCACGAGCCUACGCAGAAAAGAACAGUAUGACCUUUUUUGAAGUUAGUCCACUGUGCAAUUUCAACGUUAUCGAGUCCUUCACAGAACUCUCACGGAUAGUGCUUAUGAGGCACGGGAUGGAAAAAUUCUGGAAACCGAAUAGAGUUUUCAGUCUUCAAGAUCUGUGCUGCCGCUCUAUUGUUUCCUGUACACCAGUGCACCUCAUUGAUAAGCUGCCACUCCCUGUUGCCAUCAAAUCCCACCUGAAGUCCUUCUCAAUGGCUAAUGGCAUGAAUGCAGUCAUGAUGCACGGACGCUCUUACUCCGUCACCAACAGCUCUGCAUCAGGCGGCAGUUCAAGCAAAGGCAACAGUUUGAAACGCUCAAAGUCAUUCAGACCUCCACAGAGUCCACCAAAGAACUCCUCAUCAUCCAAGGGAAACUGCAAGAUUUCAUAG